AUGUCUGAAGUCAGCAAUCCGAUCUCCAAGCUCGAGUCUUAUAUAUCGCGCCUCCUGGAUGAGGCAGGAAUCCCUAACUGCAUAUGGGGUGAACGAGUCUUGAACAUCCUCGGAACAUCCGUAUUUGAUUGCCCUAUUUAUUUCGGUGGGUCAAAAUGUUCAGUGGAUCAACCAUUCACUGGUCACCGACGGUUCCUCCUUUGGGUGAUCCCAGAUCGCUAUAUCGACCAAGCUGCCCAAAUACUGGACAAGGCCAAGUUAUCGCGCGAUGGAGAUAAUCGUGCCGGAUGGUCUAUGGGCGACUAUGUCUAUCUCCCCCCAUCGCAACUGAACGUCAAGCAGACAAUUCACCUGUUUCGAAAGUCUCGCAUUAGCUGGACUUUCCCCGAUCCUCCGGUUGGACGUCUUGGGUGGGAAGACUCCUACUUCUACUGCCUCACCUCGGAUCAGAAAUUUCGACAUGAGACUAUCCAACUCUCGGAUCGGCCCUCGGAGAAGGAUUGGCCAGUGAAAAUGCCAGGACCAGAACCAUUUUUUGAGGCAUUGGUGUCACUAUGUGUUCGAGAGUAUGAAGCACCACUCACGCAGUCCUUCUGGCAAAAGGCAGCCCAUCGUUUGGUUCGGGACGUCCUACACCGGCAAAACCGCCCUUAUAUGAGAAUCGAUAACAUCUUGUCUCCUUUCCACUUUUACGAUGCAGAGUUGAGCCGAGCGAUUACUCAGAAUGCUAAGGAUCGCUGGCUAUACGAUAUAUAUAGGGCUAUGAAAAGGCUGAAUGAACUCCCACGCCCGGAGAGAGGUCUGCUGAGUGGCUACAGACGAUCCGAAUGCAUGCAGGAAACACGCCCCAGGAUGGAUACUGGCCUUGAUCAUCUCCAAAAUGACUGUUCGGAACUCCAGGACAGCCGGGAUUGGUGUAAGAGACGAGCAGAAGAUAUUAAGCAUGACAUUGCCCGAGGAAUCACCGAACUCCGGAAGCAACUUUGGAACCUGCGUCCUCUGCCGCACAUCAGGCUUGGAGCUAUUACUGGCGACGGUUCUAGACUGUGA